UAGAGCGCGUGCUCAGCUGUGAUUGACAUACCCAGUGUUUCUCUGAGGCUAGUUGAGUAGGGGAAGCUGAAACUCCCGAAAUUUUUGUAACUGCUGGCUGCACCCAACACAUUUAGAAGAAGAAAAAAAAUACUACAAAUUACUCAAUUUACCCUUUCAAAGUGAAUUAGUAGAAGCAUCACAUUACCAGCAUAAGGCAGGCAUUGGAAUUUGCUGAGAAUCUUGUUUUCUGUUUAUUGACUUUUGGGAUAAUUUUAGUCCAAAGUUAGAAGAAGAUUACACUGCAGAAAAAUGGGCUCUAGAAGACCACUACGCCGUGCCUAUUCUGGAAAUGAGCAAUACCUUUUAGGUGGUCCAGGGAUGUACAAUAAUCAGAAUGGGGAUGACCUGGAAUCAUUUAUCAAUAACCGACCUGACAGCAGCCGUAAUUAUUUACUGGAUGUGAGACCUGAAAACAGCUAUUCCAGCCAACGAGCCUCGCGCUACAAGUAUGGAAGGACCACAUUCUGCAAUAUAAUGACACAGCUGACUGAAGAGACACAACCAUGCUUUGAGGUCACAUUAAAGUCCCGUGCAGUUUCUGAAGAUAAUGAUGCCAAAUUUACUUGUGUAGUGUCAGGGUAUCCAGAACCAGAGCUAACAUGGUAUAAAGACGAUUUGGAAAUGGACCGAUACUGUGGGCUGCCAAAAUAUCAAAUUUUCCGUAAUGGAAAAAAGCAUACUCUUCAACUUUAUAGGUGCACUGAAGAGGAUGCAGCCAUAUACCAGGCUUCUGCCAAAAACAGCAAAGGCAUAGUUUCUUGUUCUGGUGUUCUGGAAGUUGGAACUAUGACUGAAUUCAAAAUACAUCAGCGGUGGUUUUCUACACUUAAAGCAAAAGCAGAAGCUAAAAGGCGAGAGAUUGAAGGUCAACAAAGGGACAAAGAGAAAGUGGUACCCAAACACAAACUACAAACUGUAAGUCCAGAGAGAGUUCACAGAAAAAGAAGGCUGUCAGGUGAGACAAACACAGAGUCUGUGGGGACUUUGGAUGGCAAAGAAGAUAUAGUCAAAAUCCGCAUUCAAGACACAGAGUCAAGACUGUAUGAUGGUAUCCUGAAUGAAAGGGAAUGCCCUGGAGCUUUGGUACAUGAGAUCCAUAAGGAAGCCCUAGCACAACCUAAAGAGUCUGUUUCUAGUAAUGAAAAUUUCCCUCAGAAUAACAUGGAAGAAAAUAGUAAUGGUCUCUUUACAUAUGUGUGUGAGACAGUUGAGAUGGUAGCCAGAAGGCCACAAAAGAAAGAACCUUUAACUAGAAGAAAAAGACUGUCAAAAAUAGAACAAGAAGAAGAGAGACAUGUUGACAAAUCAGAGUUAAAGACAGGCAGCUCAGUAGGAACCAACAACAGUGGAAACAGUGAUAGUUGGAGUACUAGUAUGAGUUUAUCUCAAUAUUUAGCAGAAUCUGUAAAACAACAACUGAAUAACUCAAGACUGAAAUCUGAGGAUCUUAUGGAAACCGAAGAUGUACUGCCACAUACACUGUGUUUAAGUCCAGAUGCUGCAGGUUUAACACCAUUAAAAAAUACUUCAGAAUUAUCAUUGCAUAAUGAUGUUACAGCCUUACCCGAGCGAGAAUCUGAACACACUGCAUUCAAAGUACCUGAAUCUUCAUCCCUGCAGUGUCACACAGCAGAUUCAGAUGAAGGCAUUCAUUUUUCUUUGAAAGAUAUAUACUGGGAAAAUAGCACAUCUUCAGAAAAAGACACAUCACCACAGUGCCUGGAUGACCUCAUUCACAAAGCUGUACCCCAGCCUCAGCAAGUACCUUGUACAAAAGACCAUCCUCCUGAAGUGUCUGGCCCUUUGCUUUCAACAGCUCCUGAAGAAAAUGGUUACAGAGUUCUCCCUAAGGAUGAACCAGCAGAAAAUACACCUGUAGACUAUGAUACCCCAUUAAAGCCUUAUCAUGACAAGGAAAAAGUAGAGAGAGCUCUUGAUGAUGAGAAGCAAUUGACUAAUCAUAAUUAUACACUGAAAGAGAAAUACAUAGAACAAAUACCCUUGGUAACUAAUGUUCUAAAUCCAGAAGAAAAUCAAGCACCUGUGGAACAUAACCCACAAAUAAUGUACUCUCCCUAUAAGGAAAACAAAGAAAUCUGUAUGGAAGAUAAAUCUACACAGACAUUUUUCCACUAUAAGUAUGAAGAUGAGCUUGCUGCUUUGCACAUACCUCCAUUAUUAAUGCACUUUAUUUGUGAGGCAGAGAAUAAGAAAACUGUGGAAAGUAAACCAGUACUACCUGCAUCUCAUGAUACAAAUGAGAAAGAGCAAGACAUAGAAUAUAGACCUCCUUUAGCUAAUCUGUAUAAGGAAGAGCUUCAGGUAUCUAUGGAACGUAAACCUCUUUCAGAUAUUUGUCAGGCUGCAGGUGAGAAAGAGAUGUUCAUGGAGCAGAGACCAAUAAUUACCCCCUAUCAGGAAAAACAAGAGGAAGAAACAGUUAUUGAAUACAAUCCAUCAGAAAGUCUUCCCACAGAUAUCCCAAAGAAGAUACCUGCACUGGAAAGUAUAAUCUUAAUCCCUCAUCAGAGAAAGACAGAGACACCGGUGGAGUGCCUAUCCUCACUAACUCAUAAGGAUCAGCUGGAGGAAGAUAUAUCUAUGCAAUAUGAACAGACAUUAGAAAAACUAGGUUCAAAAUCUGUACUUUCACAAGAGAAAUGUUUCGAAAAUCUGCUUUAUGGAAGUGAGCCACCUUCUGCAAAUAGCCCACUUGCUUCUGAGUUAAAUAAACAAGAUGAUAUUGGGGGUCUUGACUUUGGCUUGCAUGUUCCUAAUAAAUGCAGUCCUGAGUCAGACAUUUUGAGUUUAUCAUCACUCAUCAAGGAUGAGGCAAAAAUUCUGCAACUAGACUCCUGCACAGAACAGCUGGCCAGUGAAGUGCUUUGUGAGGAUAUCAAAAUGGAAGAAUCAGCAUCAGUCUCAAAUGGUCUAAGUCAAGUGGAAGAUGUUGGAGGUACAAUAUGUGAAGAUACUUUGCCAAAAGAAGUUGCACAAAUUGCUUAUAAGAAAUUUGUAGGCAUCAGUGAAUGUAAGACAGAAGAAAGCCCCCAUCCCUUAGUUACAGGCAAAGAAGUGGAUCUCCAAGAAACAGUGCCCAGUCAACUCUCAGAACUCAUCCCUUGUAUUACAUUAAGUGAGCCAAUGGAAACAGGUUUGGAGAAUGCAAAGUCUGUUAUUUCUGAUGAUUUGUUUAUGAAUCAGGAGGAUAAGCCUUAUGAUGAAAAUAAAUAUGUUAAAACAGAGGAAGCUGCAUUUAAUUUGCAUGAUGUUAUAAGAGAAGUUGGUCCUGAAGUGGAAGAAGAAAGUGAACAGAAAGAAAAGGAUGUUGUUAAACAGAAUAUGUGUGCAUUUGAGAUAAAGUCUCAGGAUACUACAGUAGAGUCCAUGGCUAAAGUAAUCCCAGAUAUGAUUGUUCCUGAAAAUAAAGAAGAAAUAUUUGAUGCUACAGAAUUAGAUCAGAAAAUAUGUGUAAAUAGUGAUGAAUCUACAAAGGAUUUACCUAAAGAAGAUGAAUUGGCAGUUCUGUGUAGUUCCGUUGAUUCUACUCCUAGCAAGGUCACAGUAGGAGAUUCUAAACAGCAGAUCAGUGAACAAGUAGAAGAAGCCAAGCCCAAAUCUGAGGGUUUAAUACUUUUUUCUGCAUCUACUACACAGGUUCCUCAAGAGUUACAAGAACACAAAAAUGAAUCACCCAUAAAAGAAGACAGCCCUACUACAUAUAAAGUUGUUUGUGAGGAGCCUUUUGAGCAAGACCAACCACUGGUCUUGCUUUUACGGAGUGCUAAUAAAGAACUUGAAAUCAUUCAAAGUGUUGACAAUGCAGCUGUUGUAGAUGAUGAAAGAAAGGCAGAGUCUUCUCAGGCAGAGAUUAAAACUUUGUCUACCUCUGAAGAUGUCAAAGUUGAGAUUGUUACAGGGGAAUGCCAUGAGGUGCUGCAUACUCCUGCAGUAGUAGAUAUUGCUGAAGAAAUACAAGAGAAAUAUAAUUUGUUAGAGUCUGUUGGAACAGCAGUGAAAACAAGUGGCAAUGAUCCAGUAGAGCCACCAACUCCUGGGGAUACACAUGAAAAACUAUUAACUCUCAAUGAGGAGGCACCGAUACCUACAGGGAAGCAACAUAAAAAUGUAGUAUCAUCCCUGAAAGACACUCUAUACAGGUUUCUAAAUAUUACUCCCACAGAAAAGAAAAAAGUAAAGAAAGAUGCAGAAGAUAAAAGUAAAACUGAUAGUAAAGUAGGCAAGAAAGAGGCAGAGCAAACAAAGGUAAAAGACUUAAUGACAAGUGUUGAAACUGCAAGGCUUGGAGUUCUCCCCAGCAUUGAAACUUCACGGUUAAGUCCUCCACCUUCUAGAAAAGCAGUAGCUUCAGUAAUUGCCAAAGACACAGAAGGAAGGGAGCUGCCUGCAGUCCCUUCGAUUGUAGUAGGUGACACGGCCCUUAUGGACUCAGCAACUUUGCUGCAGCAGAAUGAGAUGGUUGCUAGUAUUGUGACAGCAGUGGAUCUUCACAUGAAGGAUGGGAACUCUAACCUAAAUCCUGUAGAAAUUCUACCACUAAUUCCCUCUGCUACACCACAAGAGCUUGCCCUUGGAGCACGCCGUAAAAUAUUUCUGCCUAAAGCCAAGCAACUAGAAGAUUCUGAUACACCUGUUGAUUCUACUCAGCAGCAGAAGAAAGAAGAGGUGACAAGAAGGGCAUCAGAGGACUCAACUCCAGCUGGUAUCAGCAUUUCCCCAGGGCAAUCUAGAAAGGCCUUUCUACAGACUCCCGGAUCACCCAAGUUACUGACUUCAGAGAAACGCUCACCGACUGCAGCUAGGAAAAUGUCAACACUAGAGGUUCCCAAACUUUAUGACGAACCACAGGGUGAAAAGGAGGUUUCUGAAGUGAAAAAGCCUGAACCAAAAGAGUUUAUUGCUGAUGAGAAGAAUGAUAUAAAAACUGAAUUGAAGCAAAGCCUGGAUCCUUUCAGAGCUCCUCAAGUAAUUCGAAAGAUCCGAGCCGAACAGUUCUCUGAUGCCUCAGGACAUCUGAAGCUUUGGUGCCAGUUUUUCAAUGUGUUAAGUGACUCAAUGAUUAUUUGGCAUAAAGAUGGACAUCAGAUAGCAGAAAUGACUAAAAGUGCAGGUGAAGAAGGCAGAGUAGCAGUUGCUGUUGUCGAGGCAUCAGCGAAGGACUGUGGAAUUUAUCAGUGUACAAUAGAAAAUGAAUAUGGAAAAGCUUCUACAGACUUUCUGAUGAACAGUGAAGUGUUAUCAGGACUUGUGUUAAGAGAAGAUGUUGAAGUUGGUGAAGAGAUAGAAAUGACGCCUAUGCAUUUCACAAAAGGGCUGUCAGAUUCUGGAUACUGGGGUGAGAACUAUUUUGGACGAAUUACUAUAGAAGAAGCAAAUAUUGGAAAAGGCCAUCGACAGAAAGGAUGGCGAGUAAAAGUAAUAUAUGGCUUGGAUCCAGUCUUUGAAUCAGGCACUACUUGCAUAAUUAAGGUCCGUAACCCUGUUCCUUAUGAAGUGACCAGUGAGAACAGCCCAACUCUAACUGAAAGGAACCAUGAAAUCACAAUGCAGCAAUGCAAAAUCCAGAAUACAGCAAGAGAAUUCUACAAAAUCUUUGCAGCUGAAGCAAGAGUGAUUCAAAAUUUUGGUCAAGUAAUUGAGAUAAUUCCAUUAUAUAUUAUCUAUCGGCCAGCUAAUAAUAUUCCAUAUGCAACAAUAGAAGAAGAAUUAAAAGGAAAGUUUGUGAAAUACAGCAGGAUUGACAGAAGUGGCAACUGGGUCAUACGAAGUACAUCAGAGAUUGAACAAAAGUGCUGUACAUUUCUGCAUUGGCUCUAUCAGUGGACAAAUGGAAACCUGCUACUGACAAACUUAGAAGGUGUUAAUUGGAGAGCCACAUGUGUGGAAAUUGCAGUAAAAGUGAAAGGGUAUCACGGUUUUAAAGAAAACUGCAAUCCUUCUCUUUUCGAGCAGUUCCUUUCACUACAUCAUUGCAACCAUUACUGUGAGCUACUACAACUGCGGUCAUUAAAAAUUAUAGACACACUUCAGCAGCCUGCAAAACCUAAGGGUGCUAAAAGUCCAUCACUUGGAAGGAAGCCUGUUACUCCUCAGUCAAGUCCGCAGACUCAGAAAAAGGGAUCAGUAAGCCCUCAAGCACCUAGAAAAGGUGGGGUCAGCCCAAAAGCUGCAAGGAAAUCAACAGAGUCUGAUGAAAAUAGACAAGCAGUUAAACACAGCACUGUGGAAAUUCCCAAACCUGUUAAGCUGCGAUAGAGAUAAAAAAAUCACAGAUUCUGAGAAGUUAACUAAGACUUCCAUUGCGAAUUUGAGCCCAAAUUUGGCUGUUCACUAAUAAUGGACUGGAAACCAUACAUUUAAAAUGAGUAAACAAUCCUGUUCAAUAUAGUGAGAUAUGAAAUGCAAGGACAUGUCUUUACUGUAAAAUUAUCACACCAGCAAAUAUCUGUCAUAUCUCAAUUAGAAGUGCAUUUACUGAACAAACACUUGGUUAUGAUUGGCUGCUGAUAUACUGUGGUGCGCUGAUUACAGUGGUUAGCCUGCUAUGUAUAAUCAAUUACUUUUGACCUUGCUGAUGUUUAAGGGAGAAUGAAGCCUGUGAAAACAGAAUUUUCAUAGUAUGAGUGCAGGAAUUCCGUCCAAAAUAAGGCUGCUGCACUCAAAAUAUAAACUGUUAACCUGUAGCUAUUGUAUGGCAUAUUGCUACCUGGGUGCUUUUGUGAAUGCCGCAGCCAGCUGACCAACCUUCUUUGCAUAUGGGCAGUUAAAUUUCACUCUGCCUUGUGAUUUAUCUAACAGUGAUAAGUAGGCAACUGUAUUUGUUAUAUACACAUUAAAAGUCCCCUUAUUGAAAGGUUAUGUCACAUUUAUCCUUUGCAGGUCAUGCAUCUCAUCCCUUUUGUUUUUACCCAUUUUUGUUAUAUAGAGUUUAUUAUGUACAGUCUAAAACCUAAGUUUUAUGUAUGCAACUGAAAGCAGACCAAAUCCAUAUUAAACAGAGAAAAAAAGAUAAUUUGCAGAUUAACACAUAGGUCAGUAAGGCCAUGUGCCUUAGAUUUUUUGGUCAUCUGCCCUUCACUAUACUGAUUAUAGUGUCUCUGUCGCUCCUGAAUUAUACUCUUAGGAGAGAGAAUGUGCACCAUUUCAUCCUUCUGAAAUCUUGUGACAGAUUUUGCAUCUAAACACUCUCAUUGCUGCUUCUUUUACAAGUUAUUUUCCAUUUUUUUGGGGUGGGGGGCUACUGUGAAGGCUUCAUGCUAUACAGUUGUUGUCCUAAAAUGUUACGUUUUGUCUGACAUUCAGAUUGGGAAAACCCCAUUUGAGUGGAAGACUUGUGGGCAUAUUGCAGGGUGUGCAUCAUACCCUUCUUUAUUUCAUCUUUGUAUAUUUUUAUUUGUUUGGUAGAAAUACUUGGGAGAUAACAGCCCAUAAUAUAAUGUCUAUCAUAGACAACAGCAAUGUGCAUUCUAACAGACCUGUUGGAAAACCUAAAACAUUUACUGUUCAGUUUUAAAUUCAUUUUAUGUAAUAUGUUUAAGGAUGACCUACUUUGAUCAGGUUAUUAUUGCCUCUGUGAGGUAUUCAGUAUAGUAAAGUGGGAGCUAAUAACUAUAUCUGAUGAGAGAUAGAGAGAGAGAGAGAAAACAGUGUCCUGAUAUAAGCAGAGCCUCACCUUUGCUACCCACUGUCUGAUAAAGAGAAUAAGCACAAAUACUCUGGCCAUGAGACAUCUUGCUGUCAACAAGUUGUUUGAUGAUGCAGAAGGUUGAGUCUUUAGUCUUUGUAUAUUAAAACCAAAGAUUGCAUAAAAAAGAGAUGCAUCAGAACUGUGCAUUGUUAUUUGUUCUAUUUUUAACUGCAUCUCUUUCCUGCCUAAAGCCAAGGCUGUACUUUGUGACGUUUUACAUUUGUUUUAUUUUUUUCCGAUGACCUUUAUAUCACAUGCUUGUUCUAUAAACUGUAGUGGUUUAAUUUAUUUCACAAGUGAGUAAAAAUUCACCUUUAAGUGUUACUUUAAUAAUCACACUAUGCCACUUGAAGCUAGGCAUUUUUGUUACAUAAACUUAUUUCAGUGUUUUUAAAUUUUUAUUUUAUUUUUAUUUACUAUAGUGAUUUAUCCCCUCCCCUGAUUUAGUGUGGAGUUUUGUGCAGAAAAUGAACUACUAGUAAUAUUCCAGGACUAAAAAAGUUGUAGAGUCAUGCAGCUAUGGUUUCUUAUUUCACUGAUGCAUUCUUUAAUAGGAAAUAAUUAAGCUGCUAACAGUAUGUUUUUGAAAUUUUUUCUAAACCUUUCCCCAACGUAAGAGUGAAGACUGAACCGUAUAGAACGAUUGUAUGUUACAUGCAGUAUUAUACAAGUUGUAUAGGUGAGAUGACUGAUUCAUUCAACUGAUUAUAAAAAGAUCAUGUACAGAGCCAGUUCUGUUGCAGCACUAAUCAGAUACCAGCCCAUGAGAUGUGGGUAAAGAACUAUUUUUCCAGCAGUGAAAUAAAAAGUGUGAUAAUCUAAAGAA